AAAAGGGGCGGUUGGGCUCGACGCCACCCAUGUCGCGGAGGCGUCUCUCGGUCCCCCCGGAGCUGAGCCGGCGGCAGGACCAGGCGCUGAGCGGAACCAUGCGCCUGGUGAGGGAGCUGGGGCCCACCGCUUUCGUCCUGCAGGAGGAAGAGCCGCGGGCGGCGGAGCAAAGGGUUUUUCUGGGGAAUCCUCACUCGUGCAGCUGCUCAAUAUUUGUGAAAGAAAAGGAUCUUUGUAAACAUCUCUGCUGGUUAUUGUUGAAAAAAUUCAAACUUCCCAGAGACCAUGAAUAUGCUCUACAGUUGGGUCUUGUGGAAAGAGAAAUUAACCAAGUGCUUCAUGGUCCACAAGUUGCUCCCCAACCAAAGGUAUCUGCUAAUUCCACCAAGGAGCUGCAGACAGCUGAUGAUGGGUACAUUAAACAAAAGCAAAUUGAUGAUGAGGAUGUGUGCCCUAUUUGCCAGGACAGACUGCUGAAGAGAAUGCUUCCUGUCACUUACUGCAGGUUUGGUUGUGGCAACAACAUACACAUAGUAUGUAUGAAGAUCUGGGCUGAUCAUCAGAUAGAGUUAGAGAAAGAUUCUUUGGUGAAGUGUCCCCUGUGUAGGGAAGAUUUUGCACCGUUGAAACUUAUACUGGAAGAAUUCAGAAACAGCAAAAGACUCAUCACUGUAGCAGAGAAGCAGCAUCUUGACAGACAUCUUGGAAUCCCUUGCAAUAAUUGCAGGGUAUGUCCCAUUGAAGGCAAUUGUUACAAGUGCACCGAGUGUAGUGAAUAUCACCUAUGCCAUGGGUGUUUUAGAAGAUUUUGUCAUCCUUCACAUAACUUUGCUUUUCGUGAGAAAAGGAAUCAGAGAUGGAGGUCAGUUGAACCAGUAACACAACUAUCAACUUCAGAAAAUCUGCAGAGCUUUAAUCCAGAGAACUCUAAAGAGGAAAAACACAGGGAUAACUGCAUACCAGAGGGUAUAAUAAACUCAUUACCUACUGUGCUGGUUGGAAAAUGCAGCAGUUUACUUGAUUCAGGAUUGCAGUGUAGACUCUGCUUGAAGAACUUUCACCUUGGCCAAAUGACAAGAUUCUUGCCGUGUAAUCACAAGUUCCAUAGGAAAUGCAUUGACCAUUGGUUGCACAAAGAAAAUGCCUGCCCUAUUGACGGACACAUUGUGUAUAAUCCAUUAACCUGGGAGAAUGUACGAAGGAAAGGCGAAGUAACCCCAAUUAUGUCUCAAGCAAAGAAUAAGUUUACAAAGCAGGAUGAGCAGGAGCUUUUUAUACCAGGGACGGGAUUGCUUGUGAAGCAAAUGAAAGCUGGCCACGUUCUUGAGAAGUCUCAAAGUCGUAUUCAAGUGUUUUGCAAGAAGAAAAAUAAUUCAGAAUGUGAACAGAGUCUAACACGGAAUGGCUUCAGCUAUACGUGUACAAGAAGCUCUGCUUCUAGCCAGCACAGAACUCAGACAAUCAGAAAUUUGAAGUUUUCUAGAUAUGCUAAGGGUUUGUCUCUUAUUCCAAAGCCUCAUGCUGAUGUGUUUACACAGGAGGCAAUUGGCACUGCCUUGAGAGGUUUAUCUGUAACUGGAAAUGCCUUUUAAAUUUCCAUUCUGUGCACAUUUACUUGGGAGAAAGCCCCAUUGAACUCAGGAGGACUUAAUUCUGAGUAAAUGUUUAUAGGAUCAGGAUGCAAGUUUAAUAUAUUUCAAAAGAACUAUUUGAAUUUAUUGUAUUUUUCACUCCUAUCUUGUAUUAGGAGGAAUCUGUAAAUAGCCAACUUGGCUUAAAACAGUACUUCAUCUUAUAGCAAAUUAUGUCUGGCAACAUUAUGCCUGCAAAAGUCAUAAACAUCCAUAUUGUUUCCAUUAAACAUGAGGAAAAAAAACUGUUAAUGUAUAAAGCAAUAAAACAUAAAUUUGCCAUUUAAAUUUUGAC